CGAGAACCUUCACCACAAGGCUCUGCCGGGUGAACGAGGCGCUUCCGGUUGCACAAAGUCUUUUCCGGUUGAACGUGUCCCCCGAUGGCCGGGGCAUAUAAAGGUCUCGCGCGCUGCGUCUUCGCCAAGGAACUCGCUGUUGACCAAACGCUCUUCUCUGAACCAUAGAACUCGUCUCAUUCACGACAACCUCACAAUGUCUGCGCUUCCCGAGACCAUCAAGGCGCUGCAGGUCCUCCCCGAGCGGAAGGGCGUGCAGGUUGUGACCAUUCCCUGGGCGUCCCAGGAAAAGGUGAAGAAUCUCGCCGAUGACGAGAUUGUUGUGCGCGUUCGCGCUGCCGGGUUGAACCCCACGGAUUGGAAGCAUGCUCUUGGCCCGUGGGGCACGCCGGGCACGAUCCUUGGCUGCGAUGCUGCUGGCGAUGUUGUCAAGGUUGGCUCGGCGGUCAAGCACCUCAAGGUUGGUGACCGCGCAGCGGGCUUCAACUUCGGUGGUUCCUGGCAGAAGGACAACGGUGCGUACGCCGAGUACGUGCGCUUCAAGGCCCACGUCUCCUUCAAGCUCCCCGACGAUAUGACCUACGAGGAGGCCGCCUCGUUUCCCAUUCCGCACCUCACCGCCGCGCAGGCGCUCUACAUGCGCCUCAACAUCCCCAAGCCGCUCACCACCCCCGCGAAUGAGUCCAUCCUCAUUUGGGGCGGCUCCACCGCCGUCGGACACCACGCUGUCCAGCUCGCCAAGCUCUCCGGCCUCAAGGUCUUCGUCACCGCGUCGCCCGCCGCGUGGGACGAGCUUAAGGCGCUCGGCGCGGAUCACACUUUCGACUACAAGGACCCGGAGGUCGUGGCGAAGAUCACCGCGACCGCUGGCGGCAACGACAUCAUCUACGGCUUCGACACCGUCGCGGAGAAGGGCUCGACAGACGCGGUGGUCGACGCGCUCUCGAAGACGCGCGGCGGCACGGUGAUCACGACGCUGCCGAUCUCGGACGAGACGAAGGCGCGGCGGGCGGACGUGAAGGUGGACUUCACGCUCGUGUACACGGAGCUCGGGUACGAGCUGACGUUCGCGCACGUCGCGACGUUCCCGGCGGACAAGGAGGACGAGCGGCGGACGCUGGAGUACGUGUCGACGGACAUGCCGAAGUUGUUGGAGGGCUGGAAGGCGGGGCAGGGCGCGCCGAAGUUCAAGACGCAGCGCUUGCGCAAGCUGCCUGGAGGACUUGAGAACAUUCAGGAGGGAUUGAAGAUCAUGGCUGAUGGCGCAUACGGACGCGAGAAGCUUGUGUACACUAUUGCAUGAAGGACGUUCAGCGCAAGACCAAAAGUAACAUGUACAGUAAUAUCCUUAUAAAUGUGUAAAUUCUCGACGUCGGUCCAAAGCAUGACUCUAGGGAUGUUAACGGGCGGUAUGGCUCCGAUGCAAAGCGUGGCACACAAGCCUGC